UUGCACUUGAUAUUCCCUUUGCACAUUUUUUUCAGGGUACUUCAUCAAAACAGAAUAACCACAAUAGAGGACAAUGCAAUGAGUGCAUUGACGAACUUAGAAAGACUAUAUUUGAACCAGAACAGAAUGACUACAAUCAAGAGCAGCAUAUUUACUGGUUUGACAAAGUUAACUGACUUGGAUCUUAGCGGCAACACCAUUACAACAAUAGAGGAAAAUGCCUUCAGUGAUUUGACAAAAUUGAAAAUUCUGGCCUUAUAUGGAAACAGGAUAACUACCUUUACAAACACUACAAUAAGCGGGCUGAUAAGUCAACCAGUAUUGACAUUGCAUGAUAAUCCUUAUCACUGCGAUUGCAAGUUGAUUGGAAUGCUCGAUUACAUAAAAACUGGAUUUGUCAGUGUUCCUGAACGAAUACGCUGCUUCACUCCUGAGAAAUUAAAGGGAAUCAAAUUGGUCAGCCUAUCAUCUGCAAACUUGACCUGUUCCGAGAUGACCACUAUACCUAUAACGACCACCGAAACAGAGGGCGAGACAACGGAAUUCAUAAAAACAACCUAUGAAACCAACUCUUCACCGUUAAAAGUAAAGAACUUUCUGGUUAUGAUACAGAUUUCUUUGUAUUUGCUUGUUAAUACCAUGAUUUAGUAAUAGAAUUCAUAAAUUGUGAAUGCACAUUUUGUUUGCGAACAAAUCGGAAAUAAAAUGCUAAAAACGAAUGGAAAGUUAAUAGGAUAGCUGGAUUUUUUCCCCUGGAAAUAUCAGUGAGUUUCCCGGAAAUACUGAUAUUUCCCGGGAAAUAGUGGGAAAUACUGUAAAUGUAUUAUAUUAAGCGUGUACGAUUUAUUUCGGAAAUUGACUUUUGAAAACGUUUGCUUAGUUUAGAAUCAGCGCAGUUCCUAAUUUCCUCUAUAAUGUAUAAGGUGAAAGACAUUUAACGUUGUUAUUGAAUUACCUGAAGUUUUAUUUUCCGCCUAAUUAGCCCUAAAAAGAAUCAAUAUACAACCAAAUGUAAUAUGUUUACAGUAAUUGAGAGCUAGUAAUAACGAUCACUACAAUCAUGUUUGCUUGGGUAUCGAUCUGUAGAACAUUAAAGUAUAAGCUGGUCUAGCUGUCUUUUAUUUACAAAUAUGAUUAUUCCUAGAAUUAAAAAAGAAUAAAUAUAGCGCAGUUUAUAAACA